CCACGGGCCACUCUCUAUUCACGCGCAGUUUGUUCAUCCCUACCGUGCUUUUUACCAUCCUCGUUACACUCGCAAAGUGGCAUUACCUUCUCAUUCUCCGUUCGAUUAUCUGUGAAACCACUCGUUACCGCUUGUCGAGGUUCUACAAUAACCUACGUAUAUUAAGGAGCGCUCAGCCACCCAGCAAAAUAAACUACUAGGCUCUGCUCUAGCAGAUUGAUCAUCAUGGCCAAGUCUUCGAAUUACAGCAGUAGUACCCGAAAACAGUUGCAGUGUACCCCUGAUAAAGCUCCUCAGGUGCUUGCCAGUUGUUAUAGCGUCAACGCCUCGACAUCCGUGAUUGAUGGUUUUCACUACUGCACUACCACGGGGGCAGGAACACAGUGGUAUCCCUGAGGUCCCUUCGGGGCCAAAGACUUCUUCAAGUCCUCCCUUUGAACUCUCCAUUGCUCCAGGCAUGGGGAUUAGUCGACCGGGCAAUAUAUUACCGGAAUAUAAAGGGGAGGCAAUGCAUACUAUCCCGGGAGAGUGUGAGAGGCUCUUCUGUGACAUAUUGUCUGCGAUUUUCCUUGGUGAGAGGAGAUUAUCUAGACAAGAGUUGCUUGGGGUAGAUGCGUCUCAAGGCCAGCUGAAUAAUAUGCCGGUCCAGAAGUGGUUUGAACUGUUGGAUUAUACCAGUGAUACCAUCCAUCGAGGGUUUGUUACCAACCUAAGUGGUGAACCAACGUUAUUUGUUUUCCUUGCAGAGAACGCGCUCGGCCACGGCCUGAAAACUGGGUUAAUCGCCCUGUUUGAGCUUGCUAAUAUAUCUGCGUUUGGGUGCCCUCAAAUUGUGGCGUGCGUGCCUCGUUCCCACGACGCAGUUGAACUCGAAGCUGUAAGGAAUCUUGGUUGGUGUGGAUUUAACUUGACUACCUUGCAACCGUGGAGUGCUGAAAGCGGCAUCGAAUGCUCUCUUAGCACCAAGUGGCUUUUCUUGGAUGCUGAAGUUUAAGUGUUCCUAUGUAGCAUCUAGCUUAUUGAUAGUGAAUGGCAAGAAAGGAGAC